CGUCUGGCAUGAGCGAGCGAGCCCAAGCUUGGAUUCGUGUUUGGAUUCGUGACUCGAAUGCAACUCUUGAUUUUUGCCUUUUGGCGCGAAGAUCGAUCUGUGAUGAAAUGACAUCCAUAAACCACGCCGACCACGAUGACGACCCAAGCCGCUGUAUCCAGCUCUCACCAUGAAAGCAGCAGCAGCAGCACUUAUCGCUUCCGUGUAGUGUUAUGGACCAGUGGUUGGGUGAUGGUGCUGUCAGCACUCAUAGCGGCAGGCACCUCCUCGACAACCGCACCACCCGAUGGUCACCUUCUUAACAAUGCCGUGGCGCAAGGCUCCCUGUAUUCUUCUUCCAAUUGGCAAUCCAAACUGUACAAGUAUCUUCUCCAAAAUCUUGACAAUGGCGCUUCUGAGGUUAAAAGCAAUGAUAACCAUAAUGACGAUGACGAUAAUGAUGAUAAUCAUGAUUUCAAAGAAGAUGAGAUGACUGAUGAUGAUGAUGAUACUGCCACUACUACUACCGCUACUGCUCUCUUUAGCAAAGAGGAGUUUCCAUGGCAUCGACGGCUCAAGAGAAAUCACCAUACGCACAACAACAAAGAUCGUGAGAUGAAAGCACGAGAACGGGCCAAGCAACUGCACCCCAAAAAGGAACAUGAUGGUUCCUUGACCAGCGAGACAACGAACCACAAGAGCAAAACUAGAACUAAUCUACAAGACUAUGAACACAUGUCCUUUCCCAGCCGAGACGCCGAACGACGCUAUUGGCGUGCGGAAGAGAGAUUUUCGGAUUUGGCAUUUCGAGAGCAACAGGAUCCACUCGCUCAAAUACAACAACCGGAUGCUCGGGUGCCAUUUUCCCCCCAGGUUCCCUAUUUGGGGGUAAUGGUAGAUGCAGGACGCCACUACUUUUCCAUUCCCUGGCUCCAGCAAUUCAUAAUCUACUUGCAUCGGCUGCGCUUCAAUACGAUCCACUUUCGAUUGACCGAUGAUCAAGCAUUUGCACUACAGCUAGAGUCCUAUCCGCAACUGGCAUUUCCUUCUUGUGCCGCCAUACCCAGCUCCUCCAAAAGGCCAAAGCCUUCCCCCCAAGAAGCAGUCAUCCAUACCGAGAUUAAUGGAAAGCCCCAGGUAGAUGCACAACAAGAAGCAUUGCCCUUUCAGACCAAUCCCACUGCCAAUUCCCAAGUGUAUACUCCCGAAGAACUUCGAUAUCUAGUGGCAUUUGCCAAGGCACAUGACAUUGUGAUCAUACCGGAAAUCAACCUACCCGGUCACGCCGGAGCUUGGGCGGGCAUUCCAGAUUUGGUGGUGAAUUGCCCCGAAUUUGUCUGCAACAAGGGGUAUGCCAUUCCUCUCAAUGUACAACAUCCAGAGCUCAAGACCAUCCUCAAGGGGGUCAUUGGAGAAGUUUUGGAUAUCUUUGGAGAUCCGCCCUUUUUGCAUCUUGGCGGGAACGAAUUGUUCCUGUCCUCGCCGUGCUUUCAUGAAUUGAAUCGGCAACCCUUUGACUACGGUCCUUUUGAGCAGUUGCUACAAGAUGUACUGGAGGAUCUCAAGUAUCCCGCAUCACAAGUGCUUCGGUGGGAGGCAACAGACCCCGAACACAAACACAGCCAACAAAACGAUAAUACUACUCUGCGUCGCACUGGUGCCAUUCAACACUAUUGGCAGACACUGCCCACCAGUCCUGAUCAGCAGCAGCCUUUCUUUGUCUCGACGGGUCUGAACAUGGAUGCCAAUCAUAACAAUGGAGCGGAACACAUCUACAACGCUACCGUGGAAGGAAUGAAGCUCCAACCAAAAGGAUUUGUCGUUGGCACUUCAGAACUGGGUGUCGACUUUUUCCGACAUCGCAACGUCAUGGCCCGGCUGAUUGCAGUGGCCAUGGGUGCCACGGCCAAUACCUCUACUACGACGACAUCUUCCAACUUUUGGAAACUCUACAACUCCACUUGCCGAGAGACGAUGGCCUUGUCCGAGGAUGUUUGUGACCUUCAGGGAUAUGUUGCCGUUUCCAACUCGCGGUAUCAACGAGAGUGGAAACAGACCUGGCAGGAAUGGACUCAAAACCUGUGCAAUCGGCUCACCAAACCUGUGUCUCGUUUUGGCAUGCCCAAAAUCAAUGCCAACGCCCUGACAACGUUUCAUGAGGCGAACAAACACUUUUGGAGGACAUUCAAGAAGCCUCUGGCCAACCGGACGAAGGAGUUUCCGCCAUUGGACCCUCAAUCGACCACGACGGGUGUUAUUUUUGAUCUUGUCAAUUCCAUGGUACCUGUCAAUCAUACAAUCGACAUUCUGAAAAAGUACAUUGCACCACUUUCCAUUCGACUUGUGCAGCUGCGUUUGGCCGAUAACCAUGCGUUUUCCGUAAAGCUGGACAACCUUUCGCGGGUUGGAUCCUCUCCCCUGGCAAACUUUUACAAUCCAAUGCCUUCGGCGCAAGAGUUUGCUUCCCUGUCACAGGUAGCUGGAGAUCUUGGAAUAGAGGUCUUUCCGGAAAUCACUCUUUCCACCAAUGCGGGUGGCUGGGUCGAGGGUGGUUACAUGAUCAACUGUCCACAGCAGUUCUGUAUGCUCAGUGGGUCAAAGCGGGUGGCGCCAAAUGAUGUGGGCAGAAAAGAGUUUCUGCCGGUAGCUUACUCCGUGGUUCGAGAAAUGAUGGAGAUCUUCACGACAACUCGCUUCUUACAUCUCGGCAGUAAUGAACGAGAAAGUAACUGGGACUGCUUUAAGGAAGAAGGCCGCUAUCGAGAACCUCCCUUUGCAGCUUUUGAACGAAACAUGACGCAUCUCCUUCAAGAGUAUCUCGGAGUGCCCAAUGAUGACUACAUUUUGAGAUGGGAAAACCAGGAGCGUGAACGCUAUCCUGAUCGAGUUGGUGCCAUCACUCACUACCGAUCUACGCAUCCGUUCCAGGUGCCCCAGGUGCGGCAAGGUGAGCCAUUCUUUCUGACAAUCGACAUUCUCAUACAGCCUACAUUCUACGAUGUGUACAAGAACACACGAAGCCUGUUGGCUUUGCGCCCCUUGGCCAUCAUGGCUGAGAUCCGAAACGUCGACCAAGCGACUUUUUACAGUCAAUCCGUUGGGCUGCGACUAAUCUCGUUCUCGCUAGGCAGCCGACAAGGGCAAGACGACUAUUCACCGGACCAAUUUCAAUCCCAGCUAGUUCAGGAAUGUCAACGGGUUGGCUCUGAGCUGUGUCACAUGGUGAACACAUGGCAGCCGGCGAAGAACGUGUCAUACUAUGUAGAUGGAGUCCAAUUCAAGCACCGAGUCUGUGCCAAACACGCGGAAUUUAUAGUUAAUCGCGUUGCCAGGAGCGAUAUCAGUUAAAGAAAAAACUUAAAUGGCUAACGAAGCCCUGCUGGGAAGCUACCGUUGCUUUGUUGGAUCCAGUCAUGCUUGCUUUGAUGAGUCUAUGUAGUGGG